AUGGCCGCCGUAAUAUUACAAAGGCAACGCCAGCGGCGAAAAAGGCGAAAUUGUAAGGAACGUGUGGUCACCAUUGACCACUUGACAGAGCAGGAGGUCGUCUCCGGAUACAGACUUGACAAAGCGUCAAAUGCAGAGUUGAAGGGGCUCUGUAGGGAAGACCUGUCGCCCAGGACAGAUCGUUUUUGUUCCCUACAGAGCAUGACAAAAGUUCUCACUGGGCUGAGAGUUCUGGCUGAGGGCGACUUUUUGUCAGAGGUCGCAGAUUUACACGGGACUUCUAAGGCCACAGCAGCCACUGUAGUGGACGAGUUUGUUAACAGUGUAAAUCUAAGGUUAAGGAACAUCAGGUUUCAAACAGACAGAACUGAGUUGAAUAAAAUAAAAAGGAAAUUCUACCAAAAGUGUAGAAUACCCAACAUCAUAGGAGCAGUAGAUGGUACGUUGAUAACGAUUCAAGCACCCACAGAAGAUGAGGCAGCAUAUGUUUGUCGAAAGAACUAUCAUGCUCUAAAUGUUCAAGCCGUAUGUGAUCCAGAUGCAAGAUUUACAGAUGUUAUUGCCAUGUGGCCAGGGUCCCAGCAUGACGCAGCAAUUUUUAACUCCUGUGGUUUGAAGAAUUAUCUUGAACUGAAUGAUAUUGGCAUGCUGCUUGGUGACAGUGGGUACCCUCUUAGGAAGUACCUGCUGACACCAAAGCUUAAUCCAAGUACACCACAGGAGGUUGAAUUCAACAAAUAUCAUAGUAGAGGCAGAAUAGUCAUUGAGAAAUCGUUUGGUCUAUUAAAGUCACGUUUUCGGACUGACAGUCUAAUUCAAUGCAGAGGUGGAGCCAGGGCAAUAUUUCCAUGUGAUAGUUGA